AGCCGCAGCUUUUGGAGGACGAAGUGUCCUGACACAGGGACCGAAGGCGCCGCGAAGAUGGGCCGCCAGUUAGGGAACCUGAUCCGGGUGAGGCACAUCAUUUCCUACAGCCUGUCCCGGUUCGAGCAGAAAGCCUUCCCCAACUACUUCACGAAGGGCAUCCCAAAUAUGUUACGCAGGACGCAGGACUCCAUUCUGCGAGUCGCCCCCCCCCCAUUUAUAGGCUUUUACUUCCUCUAUACCUGGGGAACCCAGGAGUUUGAGAAGUCAAAGAGGAAAAAGCCAACCGACUUUGAAGAAGAAAAAUAA